UCCUGGGGGGUUUCGGAGUGGGCUCAGUGUCAGGUCGGGAGGCCGCGGGAGCUGCAGCUUCCGGAGCGCCCUGCGCCCACCUGCCCGCCGCCAUGAAGCCCCGGAAGGCCUGCCUGCUUCUCCUGCUGCUGGCGCUGACGCAGCUGCUCGCGGCGACCAACGCGCGGGACCCGGACGAAGACCCCAGUAAAGAAGACACCGUGGAGGAGGACGAAGAAGACGAGGAUGAGGAGGAAGACGACCUGGAGGUCAGUGAGGAGAACGGAGUGCUGGUCCUCAAAGACUCCAACUUCGACACCUUCGUGGCUGACAAGGACACGGUGCUGCUGGAGUUCUACGCGCCCUGGUGUGGACACUGCAAGCAGUUUGCGCCCGAGUACGAGAAGAUCGCCAGCACCCUGAAGGAGCACGAGCCGCCCAUCCCCGUGGCCAAGAUUGACGCCACGGCCGAGACCAGCCUGGCCAGCAGGUUCGACGUCAGCGGCUACCCCACCAUCAAGAUCCUCAAGAAGGGCCAGGCCGUGGACUACGAGGGCGCCCGCUCCCACGAGGAAAUCGUGGCCAAGGUCAAAGAGGUCUUCCAGCCCAACUGGACGCCCCCGCCGGAAGCCACACUCGUGCUGACCAAGGACAACUUCGACGAGGUGGUGAACGCCGCGGACAUCAUGCUGGUGGAGUUCUAUGCCCCCUGGUGCGGACACUGCAAGAAGCUGGCCCCCGAGUACGAGAAGGCGGCCAAGGAGCUGAGCAAGCGCUCGCCCGCCAUCCCGCUGGCCAAGGUGGACGCCACGGCCGAGACCGAGCUGGCCACCAGGUUCGAGGUCAGCGGCUACCCCACCCUGAAGAUCUUCCGCCGCGGGAAGCCCUUCGAGUACAACGGCCCCCGGGAGAAGUACGGCAUCGUGGACUACAUGCUGGAGCAGUCGGGGCCGCCCUCCAAGGAGGUGGCUGGCCUCAAGCAGGUGCAGGAGACCCUGAAGGACGGGGACGACGUCAUCGUCAUUGGGGUCUUCCGGGGGGACAGUGACCCUGCCUACCAGCGCUACCUGGAUGCAGCCAACAGCCUGCGUGAGGACUACAAGCUCCAGCACACUUUCAGCACCGAAGUGGCCCGCUUCCUGAAGGCGGCCCCUGGCCAGCUGGUGGUCACGCAGCCGGAGAAGUUCCAGUCCAAGUUUGAGUCCCGCAGCCACUUGCUGGACAUCCAGGCCUCCACCGAGCCUGCAGCCAUCCGGGAGCACGUGCAGCAGCACACCCUGCCCCUGGUGGGCCACCGCAAGCCGGCCAACGACAACAAGCGCUACGCGCGGCGCCCCCUGGUGGUCGUGUACUACAGCGUGGACUUCAGCUUCGACUACAGAGUCGCCACCCAGUUCUGGCGACACAAGGUUCUGGAGGUGGCCAAGGACUUCCCCGAGUACACCUUCGCCGUGGCCGACGAGGAUGACUUCGCCAGCGAGGUGAGGGACCUGGGGCUGAGCGAGAGCGGGGAGGACGUGAACGCCGCCAUCCUGGACGAGGGCGGCCGCAGGUUCGCCAUGGAGCCCGACGACUUCGAUGCCAACGCCCUGAGAGACUUCGUCACGGCCUUCAAGAAAGGCAAACUGCAGCCCGUCAUCAAGUCGCAGCCGGUGCCCAAGAACAACAAGGGCCCAGUGAAGGUGGUGGUGGGCAAGACCUUCGACGCUGUCGUCAUGGACGCCAAGAAGGACGUGCUGAUUGAGUUCUACGCGCCCUGGUGCGGCCACUGCAAGCAGCUGGAGCCCGUCUACACCGAGCUGGCCAAGAAGUACAAGGCCCACAAGGGCCUGGUCAUCGCCAAGAUGGACGCCACGGCCAACGACGUCCCCCACCCCGGCUACAAGGUGGAGGGCUUCCCCACCAUCUACCUGGCCCCCCGUGGGGACAAGGAGCACCCUGUCAAGUUCGAGGAGGGCGGCCGGGACCUGGAGCAGCUGAGCAAGUUCCUGGAGGAGCACGCCCGCAGCCUGGGCCGGACCCGCGAGGAGCUCUGAGGCCAUCCCUGGCCCGGCAGGGACCCCGCAUGGCGCUCGGCGACCCAGCUCGGGCCCCGGUGGCCUCCCUCUGCCGGACAGGCCGGUGGCGUGUCCCCGCUCUCGCCCCGGGCACAGGACAGACAGCGACUGACUUGGUAGUUUAGUGGGAUCUUCACAGAGGAACAAUCUAUUUUUUAUCAUCGUCUGGGGAUCUGAUUCUUUUUUUUUUUUUUUCAAACCUUCCACUUGCUUUAAUAUAUAUAUUUUUCUCCCCAAAGCAGAUAAGUUGAAUCACUUCUGUGUACAUGGAGGAUUUUUUUUUUUAAUUUAAAGUUUAAAAAAAACAA